AUGAGUUUUCACUUUGAUUGGUCGCGUUGGGAUCAAACUGCAACGAUCGAAAUCAUCAAAAAACUUGCCACACAAGGAUUGAAUGCCGGAGAGCCAAAUCCAAUGUUGUGUGCUCCAUUGACUUGUAGUGAUUUUUCAUUCGGAACCACACCUCCACAAUUUUCAAUUGAAAAAUUACCAAAACUUUCACUUUCACAACAGGAAAUUCAUCUCCGAUUUUUCUAUCAAGGAGAUGGGUAUAUUAAAUUAAAAACAAGAGCACAAAUUAACAAACUAGUUCCGAAUCAAAGCUAUUUUGGAUAUAGUUUAGGAAUUGGAAAUCAAAUGGUCGGACAAUAUCCAGUUGAAAUGCCGCUUGAAAUAACCAUCAAAGAUUUGAAGUUGGAUGGACUGCUCAUAAUUAAAACAGAUACUUCCUUUGUAGAGACAACAAAUAUCAAAGAUCUUAUGAAUCUUUCGAAACACAAGGAUAGUUCUAAUGAAACAAAAGAGAAUUUGUUAAGCAAAGAACCAACAAGAAAAUGUUCAGUGUAUAUUCAAUUGGAGAAUAAUCCCUUGGCUGGUAUUGAUGUUUAUAGUACAUUCGAAGAAGCAAUACCACAAACAAAAUCAAUUUUCAUGAACAUGGUGAAAGGUCAAGCAGAAGAAGGAAUAUCUGAAUUAAUGAAAGCGCCAAAGAAAAUUGAUAUUGAUAUUAAUGAGCUACUGAUCGGAAAACCCGCUCAAGGCAAUGCUGUGGCAACUCCAUCAGUGAUUUAA